CCAUGAGGUGCCCCAAAGUUCAGUCCAUAAAGCCAGACAUAGCCUGUCUAACCGGUUGAAAGCCAAACAAUGCAGACAAUAAAAUGCGUGGUGGUUGGAGACAGUGCAGCUGAAAAAACCACUUUGCUGCUCACCUACACAGGAACCAAUAUCCAAGAAUAUUUGCCAACAGUUUUUGACAAUUAUGCCGUCACAGUGAUGAUCGGGGGAGAGCCCUACAUGCUGGGCCUCUUUGACACUGCAAGUCAGGAGGAUUACGACAGGCUGCGUCCUGUCAGCUACCCACAGACAGAUGUUUUCCUCGUAUGCUUCUCUGUUGUCUCCCCAUCAUCUUUUGAAAACGUCAAAGAGAAGUGGGUUCCCGAGAUUUCUCACCACUGUCCUCGCACACCUUUCUUGUUAGUGGGCACACAAACAGACCAGCGGGAAAACAGCAGCACUGUUCAGGAGCUGACAAAGAACAAACAUCGCCCCAUCCGCCAUGAGGAAGGUCGGAAACUGGCACGUGAGCUGCGUAAGGACCUGUAUGUGGAGUGCUCUGUGGUCACGCAGGAAGGAGUCAAGACGGUUUUUGAUGAGGCUAUACUGGCAGUCCUGGGACCUCCUGAGGUCAAAUCUAAGAAGCUGUGUGUUCUUCUUUGAAGCCCAACAUCAUGAGAUGUAACGGUAUAAGAAUUUGGUGGUAUUGCUGAUUACAGAGUUUAUUAAAUCCACUUAUUAAAUAUGUAAUUAUACUACUGUGGCCUGUUAAAAUGAAUAGGUCAUCUUGUGUAGUUGUUUAUGGACCCACAUGUAGGAAGAACAAAGCAGCCUAAUAAUGAUUAAGGAUGAUUAACUAAAACACAAAUUGACCUACCAAACAAGAGGGGAAUGGGUCUAACACUAAAUAAGAGAAUAUACCAAAAUGCACCAACAACAGAAAACAUGAAAUCAGUAAGAAACUAAUCACAUUCACACUGGUGAUUAAGGUAUAUUACUGGAGAAACUGGAGACCUGGGUACAACACCUGACUGGUCUGAGUCUUACUUGAAGGACAGGGACUUUUUUGUGUUAAUAGAUAACUUUACAUCAAGGACCACAAAAACCAUAUGUGGGGUUCCCCAAGGUUCCAAUCAAUGCGUGGAUGUGCCAUCAUUUUCUUCAGUUGAAUAAAAACUAAAAUGAAGUAAUAAUUGUGGACCAAAAGAGGAGGGAUCAAGACUCAGCACACAGCUUCAGUUUCUACAGCUAGAAACACCUGAUCAGACCUGAAAUCUGGGCAUGGUGAUGGACUCAAACCUGGACUUCCAGGGGACAUAUAGACAAUUACAAAGUCGACCUUCUAUCACCUAAAGAACAUUUCCAGGAUUAAAGGACUAAUGUCCCAGCAGGAUCUUGAAAAACUCAUCCAUGUGUUUAUCUUUAGUUGAUUUUUUUUUACUGCAACAGUGUCUUCACAGGUGUGUCUAAAAAGUCAAUCAGACAGCUGCAGCUGAUCCAGACUACUGCUGCCCAGGUGUACUCUCUUUGUCACUAAAACAAAGAGCGUAUAGCACAUCACCCCAGUUUUAAAGUCCUUAUUGGCUCCCUGCAUCUCAGAGAAUAGACUUUAAAAUACUUCUGUUAGUUUAUAAAUCGCUGAAUGGCUUAGCACCAAAAUACAUUAAAGACCUGUUGUUGUAUCAACCUUCAAGACCACUCGGGUCUUCUAGCUUCAAGUCGGCUCUGCAUCCCCAGAACCAGAACCAAACAUGGAGAAGCAGCAUUCUGUUCCUAUGCUCCACUAAUCUGGAACAACCUUCCAGAAAACUGCAAAAAUGCUGAAACCCUGAGUUCUUUUAAAUCAGUGUUAAAAACUCAUUUGUUUAGAGUUGACUUUGACAAUUUUAUUUGAUGUAGCCUAAUUUGUUUUACUUUCCUUUAUUAUCCCACUGCAAUGUACAUUUUAUAUUUUCUUUUCACAUGUUUUUACUGAAAUGUGCUAUACAAAUAUACUUGCCUUGACUUACAAAUGAAUUAAUUGAUAAAGCAAGACCUCAAUAUACAUAAUAAACAACACAGAAAUAAACUGUUGAUCUUAAAUAUUUUUGAAAAUAUGUUUCUAUCUAUCUGUCUACAGUCAUAUUCUAUAAAUCAGAACAUGCUCACCGAAGAGGUUCCUUUAUCAUAUUAAAAGGUACCUCUUCAAAAUCUGCUAUUAAACAUACUUUUUAAUAAGCCAAAAUUUCUACAUUAAAAAUGUUUUUUAUUGGUCUGAUGUAAUAUUCUAAUCUUAAAUGUUGUUUUUUCAUUUACUGUAAGCGAAAAAUCAUCAUGAUUAGAAAUAAAGGCUCGAAAACA